UGAGGCUGCUCGUCGUCAUGGCGAUGGAACGCCUGCGGCGCGUUCCGCGGAGGAGCAACUCGCAGCUGCCCCACGUGUCUCCCAGCCUCUCCAGCCGCUUCCCAAGCGUCAAGUCCCUGAGUGCGACCUCAGGACUCGGUGCUUCCAUCGCCCGGAGCCAGUCCUUCAGCGGAUUCUACGCCCUCAACGAGCUGGCGAUGCACCGGUCGCACCUGGCCGCGCCGUGCCGCUCUCCCGUGGGCCUGCGCCGCGUGUUCAGCUCGGCGGGGAAGGCGGCGGGGGCGUCGCCGGCGUGCGGGCCCCAGCCUGAGCGCGUCGAGGAGCUGUACGCCUCGCUCAAGCGCGGCCUCGGGGAAUACCUUGACUCGUACCACAGUGAGCUGAGCACCCUUAACGCUCAGCUGACUGGGGUGAAAAGAAACUCACGUCUGGGCUUCUGCUAUGACAUGGAGAAGCAAAUCAAGAGUGCGGAGAGACACAUGCGCUGGCUCGAGUUCCACGUCAGCAAGGUGGACGAGCUCUUUGAGUCGUACUGCAUACAGAGGCGGCUGCGGGACGGAGCCUCCAACAUGAUCGCCGCGUUCGCAGCGUCGGCACCGAGUCGCCGUGCCCGGGACAGCCUCGCCGAGGUGCACCGCACGUACCGCCACUGCUCGGAGGUGAUGUGUUCCGUUGAAAACGAGCUUGAGGCCUACCUGGGCGAAUUCCACGUGACCAUGAAAGGUCUGGUUGGCUUUGCCCGACUGUGUCCCGGGGAUCACUAUGAGGUGACGCUGCGCUAUGGGCGGCAGCGCUGGCGGCUCCGAGGGCGUGUGGAGACCGAGGACCGGCAGACGUGGGACGCGGCCGACACCGUCCUCCUGCCGCUCCUCUCUGAUCUCAUCUCGAUUAAGGUGAUGGAGCUGCGGCGACUGGUCUCCCACGUGCUCGUGGGGCACGUCACGUGCGACCCCAAGGAGCUGUUCCGCGUCACGCCGCAGCUCAUGGCCGUGGACAUCAACGACCUGGGAACUGUGAAGCUGAAGCUGCACGUCAAGUGGACGCCGUUUGGGAGGAGCGAGAGUUUGCCCUCCCGGGGAGGCUCCACCCUGAGGCUGGGGUCAUCCCCCCGGGGGACCGCCGCGGGGUCCCAGCACAGCGGCAGCCCCCCCGACACCCCCCUGGGCGUGGGCAAGCCCUUUUUUGACGGCUCGGAGCUGGGCGCCGACUGCUCCUCCGUGUUCUCCGACUCCCCGGGGAGUCCCACGCCCUCCACGAGCUCCACUCCGACCCCUGCAACACCGACUUCUUCUUCAACCCCGACCCUGACUCCCGUCCCUCCUCCGGAGCCCGCCACAUCUUCGAGACUCGACUCCACCACCACCACCACCUCCUCCUCCUCUUCCUCGCCGGGGCACGGCCCCAACCGCCGUGGCCACGGGGACUCCACGGGACCCCUCCCCGCCGCCGCCGCCGCGACGCGGGGAUGCGCCCCGCGGCCCCCGGUCGAACGCUCGCGCGGGAAGGUGACCGCCGGCGACGACGGCGAGAGCAAGGGCGGCCGCGGAGCGUCGCCGAGACACCAGGAGGACACGUCGUGCCUCAAGCCCGUGGAGCUCGACCCGGCGGAAAACGCCAUGAGCGUCACGCGGCAGCUCGUCAAGAAGCUGAGCACGGUGGCGCUGGGGACGUGGGGGGCGCGGGCCGCCGCCGCGGCCAGGGGCGGCGUCGGCGCCGCUCCCGCCUCGUUUGGCCGCAAGCCCCCGUGGCCUGCGGAGCCGCGCUUGGAGGAGGCCGUGCAGGAGCUGAGCCUGGCGCUCGGAGGGAGUGCGGGAGGCGGAGGAGGUUUGGGAGCGGCGGCGGCAGCAGCGGCAGCGGCGGCAGCGGCGGGAGGGGGAGCGAGGGACGAGGGAGCGGCUGAGCUGCAGGGUCUGGAGCAAGAGCUGCAGCGGCUGGAAGACCUUCUGCAGGAACGCGGGCGAGGCAGCUGCUCGUCCAGCGUGCACAGCCUCACGGUGGAGAAGGCGCUGGGCAACUUCGACUUCCUGCACGCGGAGGGAGCUCUCGGCAGCGGUGGCGGGGCGGGCGACACGGGGGACGCCGCUGCCCUCCUGGAGGGAGGGUUGUCUUUGUCCGACCCGGACACCGGGCUGGGACCCAGCGAGGAGGGCAGCCCCGUGCCGAUGACGACGGGAGACGAGGCGCUGGACGGCGCCCUCAUGGAGCACCUGCAUUACUGCUCCGCGCUGCUCGCACGGCUGGAGCGCUGCCGGGAGCUGCGCUGCCCCACGGACUCGCUGCUCCUCUCGCUGGCGGCGCAGGCGGCGGUGCUGGCUCGCAUCGCCGACAUCUGCCUGCGCAAGCCGGCGUCUCGCCCGGCCCGCGCGCGGGAAGCGCUGGAGGAGUCCGGCUGUCUCGAGGAGGACCUCGAGGUGUGGCGAGAGGCCUCGCAGGAUGACGACGGCGGCGGUAGCGGCGGCGUCACCUCCUCCCCGUUUCUCGUGCCCGCGGAGCGCCUGGAGGAGCGCCUCUCCCCGCGCGUCGCCCAGUGGGUGGAGACACUCCACCCGGGCACGACGGACACGGUGGUGCACGUGCUGCUGGCCAGCAUGCUGGACGUCCCGCAGUGGGACGGAGCUGGCCGCAGCUCCUGCGUCACCCUCUUCCAGUUCGUGGGCUGGCUGUCACGGGGGGCACAGGGGCCCGGGGUUUGCCCUUCCAGCGUCAUCAAGCAGCACAGCCUGAAUCUCGCCCAGGAAGUGUCCCUCAUUGAGCAGCUGCAGUCGCCCCAGCAGCCGGACCUCAGCCCCGCGGGGGGCUCACGGCACCUCGGAGAGACGUGGCCGGGCCCCAGGACGUCGGCCCCCCCCAGCGCGUGGGCCGUGCGCGCGCUGGCUCGCGCGCUGCUCGACAAGAGGGAGCGCGUGAGACACGUCGCCGCAGAGACGCUGAGGGAGGCGGGGAGGGGAUGGGCGAGGGACAAGCUCGUGGAGAGCUGUGUGCAGCUUAUGGAGAGCGAGGACUCCGUGGACAUCGACGCAGCCUCCACUGCCCUACGCUGCCUGCAGGUGCUGGACUGCAACUCCUCUCUGAAUGCUCUCGGACAGGAGGAAGAGAUGGCCGGGGACACGGGAGAUAACACUGAGCCCCACGAUGCUUCUCCAGCUUCUGACCCAGCUGCGUGCGGUGGCCACAUCUCCAACGGUGAUGAUGACGGUGACGUGUUGAACGAUGAAGACCUCUCCGGCUCGUCGCUCAACGGAAGCCCCUUGCAUGGCACCUCCUUGUAAGAGCGUGCGACGAGCUCCCUCGAGCUCCUUUGUUUGCCCCGCCAUUGAGGAGAGGUGGACUGGUGGCGGUGACGCAUUGCGGAUGUUCGCGGAGCCACCGCCACGCUUGUGACUGAAGAGGACGAUCGAUGGGAUCAGAAAGCUGGAAUGGAUGUAUAUAAAGGAACGGGAAAAAUGAGAGGUGGACCGCCGAAGUUAAGGCACACACCAAUGGAGUGAUGAGGAUUGUGGCUGCUAGUGAAUGAAGCAGAAGGCGUCAGCGCAGUAAAUCCUUUAUUGCACAGAGAAUGGUAAAUAUGAUAAUGAUUGUAGUGGGUGGCGAUGAUUGUGUUCCUGCAGUGUUCACUAUUGCUGUUUGACCCCUAUGAUACUUGGUCGUAAUAAUAAUACGUAAUUAUUUACACCCUUUGUUGACCAGCUGCUGGAUGAAGGCCCUCCUUUUAUGCCUGUCGGUCAUGGGGUGUUGUUUGACCAUACUUCACCACACUGUCCGGUGCUGGCUGGUGAUUGGGUGACCCAGGACCAGUUUGUACAUCACUCGCUACUGAUGUCAGCCUUGGCCGGGAAUCAAACUCAGGUUGCCCCCCCCCCACGCCCCUCAACUUACCCUUUACAGAGCCGUAUUUAUAACCUGCAAAUGAGCUUGAUGGUAGACCAAGCAGUUGCCCAAUCGGUGAGCAAAGUUGCAGCCACGUGACUGAUAACAUAUGUGAUGUCACACAUGGCAGAUGUGGCUUGAUGGAGGUCGUGUUAAGUUAUCGCGUGGGUUUUUGCAGCUGUGUGCUGUAUGGCCCUUCAGUGAGGUCGUGGGUUGUACAGCAUGUUGCUUGGCAGAAUGUCUCUUACAUUUUCCUCCACGUACUGGGGAAGCUUCUUCGGGAACCUGAAGAACUUGAAAAAAAGCUGCUUCAGGAAUCUUCCAGCACGUGGAGCGAAACGUCGGACACGAUGCUAAACGACAAGUCUUGGCCCAUGUUAAGGACAAAUUGAAUGGUGAAUAAUUGUGGACAGGUGAUGUUUGCCUUUCUGGAUUAAAAAAUAUCAACGGUCCCAAUAUGGUAAAAAUCGUCAGUAGCUCUUAACAUGGCAAAGAAAUAACUUGAUAACAAAAAAAAUCAUAGUGCACUUUCUUGUCAUUUUGAUGUCUGUAUAUUUGUUGUUGGUUACCAUUGUAUGAACACAGUAUUGUAAGCUCACUCUUGCCAUUUCCCUGGCUAACAGCAUUGAACUCUGCAUCAGUGUUUAAGUUGUGCGUGCCAGUGUCGCAGUGCAAAACAAACGUGAAUGGUAAAGUACUAUCCCCAUGUGACCCGAGUCACUCUGUGUCUCCAUUACAAAAGAGGUUAAACAUUUAUUAGUGCUGCCGCCUGGUUGAAUAUCCUCACGGUGUGACGCGCAACGCACUGAGAUAACAGAAAUCGAUUGUGCGUCGCACUGGUGAAAUUCACGGUCGUGUAAAAUUUCUGAGACCAGAAGUGGAAAACUUCAGGCUUCAAGGCCUAAAAACAGCCCAAAUUUGAAGCAGCAAUUAGGUUUUUUUUUCUUCCAAAAAAAGUAAAGUGAUUUCUUGCUACAAAUAAGCAAGCAGGCAGUUCUCUUGUUUAUACCCCUGAGCCAGUUGUGGUAAUUCCACAUUCCUAUGACAGUGGACAACUACUGUUAAUUCCCCACAAUGGGUACACAUUUCAAUAGCCACAGAGAGACUAUAUGGGCCGAGUCGACUCCCAACCAAGAUUUGAACUCGCAACCUUCAGAUUCUGAGCAGCUCACUCAGCUGCCGAGUGACCUUUAGGGAACUGUGCUCACUCUACCGUUAAGACACCUCUAGUGAAUUGCCAAGCCCUACUACACAGACGGUUCCCUUGGUUGGCAUGGAAGGUUUGGACUGCGGUAUGCCCUACAAGGCCUGGAGUUUCCCAGGCUUGAAUUAAAUGUGAGGCUGCAAAACAGUUGACUGCACUGUGCUGCCUGCCAAUGUGGCAUUGUCAGUGUUAUCUUAUUUAAAUUACUUAUGUACGUUCGUGUGUGUGUGUGUGUUUCAGAGUUAACGCAUUACGCUUUGCUGUGUUUGAGCUGUAAACAAUGGUCACGUGACAGUACUCGUUAACACCACUCACACAAGCGUACGCGCACAUCAAAAACGUGUUAAAUAAAAUGAGUAAUAAUG